GUGUUUUUUCCUUGGCUACAGGCGGCGGAGAAGAUGGGUCUUGGGGCAGGACCUGCCGGGGGCUCCCUCUUCUCUCUCUACCACAAUGGGCAGACCUUAGGGCAGCCUCCUCCUGCCCACAUGGGCAUACCUCCCUAUCAACUCGACCCCAAGGCUGGACUGCGGCCGCCUGUGUACCCGUUCGCUGCGUCAGGCCAGUACCCGUACCCGUUGGGCGCUGAUUUCACUGCCCAGAUGGCAUCUGCUUGGCCCAGUGCCCAUAUGUACCCGCUACCCUCUUCCUCCUCACCGUUCUGCGUGUCCUACCCUUCUUCACCACUCUCCCUCCCCUGUGCCACCUUGCCCAGGUUCUCUCCCAGCGGGCUGAUGCACCCCCACCCUGGCCUCACCCCGCCCCUCUCUCACCCCCUCGUCGCCUCGCCCAAGACAGACCUCCCAAACACCUCACACGAUAACCACAG